GUCAGCAGCAGCAGAAAAAGGGACGAAAAAGGAGGAUGUCCUUCGUCAGAUGUCGAUAGAAACUGUCAAGGAGCACUUCAACUCGAUAAGGGAAAGCAAAGGUGAGUGAGCAAAUGAUACAAUGAUACACAGAUCUGUGCAGCAUAGAUCAGGACAUGCAUCCGUGUGUGUGUCGUUGUGUGUGUGUGCACUGCAGUGGUGGUAGACUUGCGUCCGAUAGCCAACGCGCCGGUGCUCAAGACGGGCAAGUUCAAGGUCUCGGGGCAGGAGACCUUCGCCGACCUCAAAAGCAGAAUCGAGACCAUGGUCAAGAGAGAUACAGUGGUGCGCAUGAGUGGAGUGCACUCAUUCCAGACAAACACGGCUGCCUGCCUGCCUGCCUACCUACCGCUGCCUGCCUGCCUACCUACCGCUGUCUGUGUGCUGUUCUUCCCUCGGUCAGUAUUUGUACGUCAACAACAGCUUUGAGCCCUCGCCUGACGACUACCUCUUUGACCUGUUCGAGGUGACUGACUGAAUGACUGACCCUCUCACGGCCCCUUGCCAGACUGUACGGCUCGUCUGUGUGUGUAAUGUGUGUGUAAUUGGAUUGGAUUGGUCCGAUGGUGGGACUGCAGUGCUUCAAGACCGGCGAGCAGCUCAACAUCGGCUACAGCCUCACUCCCGCAUUCCACUGAAGCGAACCGAACCUUCCAUCGCGCUCACCUCCCU